AUGCUUCCCCUUCUCGUCUUCAAGCUCACGGUCCUUUCUUUCUUACUCGCUCUUGGGACCACUGCAUGGCCAACGAUGCAGUUAUUCGACCGCGAAUAUGAUCCCACAGAUACAGGAUAUAACUCGUAUGAGGACGCGCAAACGAGUGAGGCCACUAACAUGGCGCUGGCGUUGAAAGCGUAUGCCUUCAAUUUCGGAUAUACCGCUCUCUCCACGGACAGCUCGUGCAAAGGCUCUGAUUAUCCUCUCGAGUAUGCCUGUAUAGAAAGCGAUGCAUACCGCUGUGUGGAUGUUCCAGGAGACACCCUCGAAGAUGAUCCUAUCGUAGCGUGCAAGUCCUUCGAUGAGAUGUUCGACACCUUCACAGAGCUCACUGAUUGCGCUCUCGGUGAUCCCUCGGGCCAAGCCGACCUGUUCGGGCAUUUCUACGAUGCAUAUGGCCCUGAUGAAGACCCAGAGCUGCCAGCUUCCACGACGCCAAUCUCGACUUCGUCAUCCAUAACCGGUUCACCAGUGACCGCACCUAUGAGCAUAGUACAGACGGCGCCCGAGAUGACCUCUACAGACACUGAUGCUGGUUCAUCGGAUGCUACUCCCGCAACAUCUUUGCCCACGGCACUGCCGCCCGCAACGUCGAUGGCAGCCACGAGAAUGGCAGAUUCGCGUUCUGUUGCCUCUGCAUUGAGUGCGACCACAUCGUCUUGGGCGUGA